CUGGAAACCUACUUGGGAAUCAGUGAAUCGUGUGAGUGGGGCCAAAUAUUGAACCUUCUGUUGUGGAAAGAUUCAUUUCGAAAUGAACAAAGUAAUCUUAGCUGCAUCCGUUUUGAUAAUUUGGGUUGGAACCGAUGUUAAUUGCAGGACAUAUGGUGACCACAUCGGUAGUAAAUUGCAAACCCCUGAACAUACGAAGGGUGGAAAUUGGCAAGCGACCUAUCGUAAACUCAAGAAAGAGAUCGAGAAGUUUUCUUCUAAAUAUACGGCAAAAGCUAAUGCGGUUGCUGCGUUACCAGAGCCCCAAAGACAGGAAGCGAUUAUAAAAUUUGAACAAGAGUUCUAUCCCGCUUUCAACCGGAUGCAGAAGAAAGUAGAUCGCUUUGGCCAGGAUCCGAGGAACACUCUUAAUGCUCGAAAAAAUUCAUUUUCAGAUGCAUUUUGUAAACUGCGGGAUCGUCUAGUGAAAAUUCCCAAGACAAUCUCAUCCAUAUUACACGCAUGUAACAUAGAAACGACCCCUGCAAUUACUACGACGGAGAAUACGUCAGCCACGCCUACUAGUACCACGACAGACAAGACGGAGUCGACUGAAGAAAGUACGACUAAAGAAAGUACAACUGAAGAAAGUACGACCGAAGAAAGUACGACUAAAGAAAGUACGACCAAAGAAACAGAACCCACCAGCUCUGAAAGGCAAGAUUCAGGAUUGAUUGAGUAUCUUAAAUUUAGGCAUGUGAAAUAAGAUUGUGAUUAUAAUGAAUAAAUGAUCGAUGAUAGC